AUGAUUUCAACACCCAAGUUACUAAAUAUCCACAUCCUUUGCGCCGCAGUAGCCUUCGGCCUACUAGGUUCAGCGAAAGGAUUAGACGAAAGUCUCAUCGCGACCGUGGUGGACCUGCGCUCGUUUAUCAAGGAAUAUCAGCUCCAUGCAGCCUACUUGAACGCGGAUGAACGAGCAAGCAGACUAUCGGACAUUACAUCCAUGGUGCAUCUUGGGAGCAUACCGGGGGCGUUCAUUGCCUUUUUCUCCAGCCACUGGAUUGGGCCUCUUUGGACCAUGCGCCAACUAUGUCUGCUUUGGAUCGUGGGCACGGUGAUUUUCAUCACUUCUGCCGGAAACAUGAGACAGCUCAUUGCCGGUCGGUUCAUUAUGGGUCUCGGUAUUGGACAGGCAGGCAUUGUUGGGCCUAUUUACCUUGCUGAGAUUGCGCCUAGUGCUUCUAGGGGUCUGCUGGUGGGUAUUUAUGCUUCGUCUGAGUAUAUUGGUGUUUUGAUUGGGUAUUUCGCUGGCUAUGGGGCCUCGCUUCAUAUCUCUGGUGGGAGCUCGAGCCAGUGGAUUCUUCCAGAGAGCAGCCAGCUCAUGACGGCUGGUGUAUUACUUGUCUGUUCACUCGGCUGCGUCGAAAGCCCCAAGUAUUCCGUUUCGUGCGGCCGAACAACCGCGGCUCUCCAAAGUCUUGCUCGGCUCUGGGGGCUGCCUGUCGACGAUCCCUCAAUUGUGCGUGAGUUUGGUGUUCUUCAAAACGAGCAUGCUACAAAGUCGUCGGCUGGAGAAUCGGGACUAUCUAUUAUACAGCAACUCAAAGCGCUAUCUGGGGGUCGUGCCAAUCUUUAUCGAAUGCUGUUCCUGGUUUGCGCACAGAUUCUUAGUCAAUGGUCGGGGACGAACGCCAUCACAACAUAUGCGCCGAAGUUCUUUGCUCUCGUCAAUGUGAGUGGGAAUUCUGAAAAACUGUUGAAGACCGCGAUCUUUGGAGUGGUCAAACUUGUGUCGGCGAUUAUAAGCGCAUUGUUCUUCAUCGAUCGUAUUGGAAGAAAGAAAACUCUCGUUUCUGGUAUCUUCCUUCAACUCCUGGCACUGCUUUACGUUGCCAUUUUCAUCACUGCCUGGGAUGGACUAGGUGAUCCGGAUUCCGGGAAUGCGUCUCGAGCCGCCGAUGGUGCUGUUGCGGCGAUCUAUCUUACUGGAGUUGGCUACGCGUUUGGCUGGAAUUCCAUCCAGUAUUUGAUUAAUGCGGAGAUGCUUCCAUCGCCGGUCCGGACGCUUGGCACAAGCUUCUUGAUGUCCUUUCAUUAUGCCAAUAAGUUUGCUCUUGUCAAGGCUCUUCCGAAUAUGAUGCUAAAAGAUGCGCUCCAGCCGAAAGGGACAUUCUGGUUUUUCUUUGCGAUUGCCUUGGUAGGCUUUGUGUGGGGGAUUGUGUGGCUACCGGAAACAUCCCGAAAGAAUUUGGAGGAGACUAGCGAAUUGCUGCGGUAA